AUGAUAAGUUCCCUCUCUUUUAUCAAUCAGAAAGGAGAAAUCCUGAUCUACAGAGUUUAUAAGGAUGAUAUCAGCAGAAGUGAAAUAACUUAAUUUUGUGCCAAAAUGAUAGCUACAAAAGAAAAUAAAGAAUCUCCAAUAAUCAACAUUGAUUAAACAUCUUUCAUUCACAUUUCAAUCAAAGAUAUCAUAAUAUUAGCAACUACAAAGACUGAUGUAAAUGUAGCUAUGGUUCUUGAAUUUUUAUAUCAAUUGUCAAAAAUUUGUAAAUCCUACUUUUAAGGCAUUCUCGAUGAAAACUGUAUAAAAAAGAGUUUUGUCCUAAUCUAUGAGAUUCUCGACGAAGUACUUGAUUAUGGGAUACCACAAAUUGCAGAUCCAAAUUUAUUAUAAAAAUUUAUUUAAGAAGGAGGAAUGUAAUAAGAAGCAACUAUAAGCAUAGAUAAAUUCAGAUCACUAACAGGUACCAUUACUGGUGCUGUAUCAUGGAGACCACCUGGACUGCAUUAUGACAAGAAUGAAUUGUAUCUUGAUAUAAUUGAAUCUGUGAAUCUAUUGAUUUCAGCAAAAGACACUGUAUUAAGGGCUGAAGUAGUGGGAUCUAUCGAACUUAAAAGUAAGCUCACAGGGAUGCCUGAAUGUUAAAUUGGAAUGAACGAUAAACUAUUAAUGGGGAAACAAGCAAGAAUGACUAAAUAAAAUGGUGGAAUCGUAAUUGAUGAUAUGAAAUUUCAUCCAUGUGUGGGAUUACCAAAAUUUGAAAAGGAUAGGACAAUUACAUUUAUCCCACCUGAUGGCCAUUUCUAGUUGAUGUCUUAUAGGAUCUCAGAGAACAUUAAUAUUCCAUUUAAAGUGAAUGUGUUCUAUAGUGAAAUUAGCGAAAAUAAGUUGGAAAUACGGUUGAAAAUUAAAUCAAUAUAUGAUAAAAAUGUCUAUGGUACAAAUAUUGCAGUAAAAGUGCCUGUGCCUAAGAACACUGUGAAUGUGGUAUCUGCAACUGGAUUAGGAAAAGCAAAGCAUGAAAUAGAAGAGUAAAGUGUAAUUUGGAGAAUCAAGAAAUUGUAAGGAGAUGUUGAAACAUCGUUAAGGUGUGAAAUUAGUUUGGGUGCUACAAAUAGAGAUUAGACAUGGAGUAAACCACCUUUGAAAAUGGAAUUCUAAAUUCCUAUGUUCACAUCGAGUGGAUUUAGAGUGAGAUUCUUGAAGGUGAUGGAAAAAGGGGCAUAUAAAACAAAUAAAUGGAUUAGAUAUUUAACAAGGGGAGGAGAUUAUUUGCACAGAUUAUGA